GAACGCUCCCAACUUCAACAACAGCUCAACCAAGUGCAGCUCGAGCUCGACUCCGUUCGUACCGCUCUCGAUGAGGAAUCGGCGGCCCGUUCGGAUGCUGAGCAUAAGCUCAACCUUGCCAACACUGAAAUCACCCAGUGGAAGAGCAAGUUUGACGCUGAAGUUGCUCUCCAUCAAGAAGAAGUUGAAGACCUUCGUAAGAAGAUGCUCCAGAAGCAGGCCGAAUAUGAAGAGCAGAUCGAGAUCAUGCUUCAGAAGAUUAGCCAAUUGGAAAAGGCUAAGAGUCGACUUCAAUCCGAGGUUGAGGUGCUGAUUGUUGAUUUGGAGAAGGCCCAGAACACUAUUGCCAUCCUCGAAAGAGCAAAGGAACAGCUUGAGAAGCAGUGCGCCGAGUUGAAGGUCCGCAUCGAUGAGUUGAACGUGGAAUUGGAAGCCGUACAACGCGAACUUCGCGCUGCCAAUGCUGAACUACAGAAGAUGAAGCAUCUGUACGAGAAGGCUGUCGAGCAGAAGGAAGCACUUGCCAGAGAGAACAAGAAGCUCCACGACGAGCUUCACGAGGCCAAGGAGGCUCUUGCUGAUGCUAACCGCAAACUGCACGAGCUUGACCUGGAAAAUGCCCGUCUUGCUGGU